CGGGAUCGGGAUCGGGAUCGGGAUCGGAGCCGAAGCGGGUGAUGUGCCAUGGCUGAUCCUCUCUGCAAAUCCGACCUCUUUGCAGCCUUGGCUCUCUUUACUGGUGAUCCAACCUACUUUCAGCUGGAUCAUGGAGCCUUUGGACAGACAGUGCCACCUAAUCCUAAAACAGGAGUUGAUCCCUGUGAGGUGUGGUGCAGCCAGCCCGUGGAAAAAUUAAGGGAAAUUUGCAACGUGAUCAAAAUCAGGAUUUUUUGGUGUGGUCUCUUCACCAGGGAAAGCACUUCCUUUGUGGAUACUUUUUGUUUGAUGUUCCUGGACUGGGACAUGAAGAAAGUCUAUGAGUUCAAUGUGAUGGAAGACCUCGCUGAUUUAAUUAAAAAAGUUGUUAACGUCCCCCAUUUCAUCAAUGGCGUCCUGAGGAUUGGAACUGGGAUAGAAAAUGGUCUGUUCCACCUUGGAGAGGCGCUGGAGUGGGUCAGGUGUGUGGGGGAUUCCAGCAUGCUGCGGGACCUGGAGCAGAUGGGCGACUUCGCUUUGGGCAGGUCCAUCCUUGCCAUGUUCUUUUCUGCCUGGAAACGUUCCAUCACCAAGGUGGCCCUGGAGGAUUGUGAUUUAGUGGCAGAACUCCGAGCUCUGACCUGUGAGAGCUCCAGGAAGAAGAGUGAAGCCAUGAAGCAGAAGGGAAAUGCUGAAUUUUCCCAGGGAGCCCUGAGCUCUGCCAUCAUGUCCUACACCAAAGCCAUCGAGUUUUGGCCUACCAACCACCUGCUGUAUGGGAACCGAGCUCUGUGCUUCAUUCUCACCAGGCAGUACGGGAAAGCUGUACUUGAUGGAAAAAGAGCCAUAGUUCUCAAGCCUGACUGGCCAAAGGGUCACUACCACUACUGCAAAGCCCUGGCCCUGCUGGGCAAGGCUGAGCUGGCCCUGGUGGCCAACAAGAGAGCGCAGGAGCUGUGCCGGGGCAGCCCCGAGGGGCUCAGGGAGCUCAUCCAGCAGAACGAGAAAUUCAGGAAAACCUUCCAGGACAUGCAGGGUACUGAACAUAAACAGAAGGCGAGGAAGCCUCUGCUUGAGAAAAAGGACUGCACUUCCUCAAAAUCUCCUGCAGGAGCUUCCCAGGAGCAGGAAGGAGCAGAAAAGGAGAGGAAGAGGAGCCAGGAUGAGCCCAAACAUCCCCAGGGGGCUGAAAACCCCCUGGAGACAGACAAGCAGGUGACUGAGCCGCAGAGAACAGAAGGCAAAGGUUCCACGCUGGAGCAGCCUCCAAACCAAAGUCAGCAAAACAAACGAAAGCCAAAAACCAAAACCUGUGACUAUGAGAAAAUGAGGGAUCCUGUGGAUUUGAAGAGGGAAUCUAAAGCCAUGGAGGAUAAAGGUUUCUGUGCUGUGCCACAGGUGGAUUUCAGUGCUGAUGGAAAAUCCCUUGGGCUGGAGGGUGAUGGAGCCUUGCUGGCCAGGGACAAACCCUUUCUAUUACCCCUGCUGAGAGCCUUGAAUACUCCAGAGUUCACGGUGGAUUUCAGCUCUCUGCCCGAGGAGGUGAAGUCCCUGGCUCGGGAUGGCUGCAGGGCCCUGCAGGAGCAGCAGUGCCACGGGGCUGAACGAGCCUUUUCCCAGCUCCUCAGCAUCUUCUACGCCUCAGGGUUUGCGUAUGUGAAUAAUGUGAAUAUUCUUAAUAUUAAUUAUGUUAUAUUCCUCUAUGGACAUGCCACUGCCCUCCUGGGAAUGGGACAUCCUGAGGCAUUGGCAAAAGCUGAAGUUCAGUUUAAGAAAAUAAUUGAGCAAUAUCCAGAAGAAAGUUGUUUUUGUUUGGCACACUAUGGAAUUGGAAGGGUUUACCUCAGGCAAAACAGGUUUGUUCAUGCCCUCGACCAGUUCCUGAGGUCAAAGCUGAUGAUUGAUUUCAAUAUUGUCCCUGGAGUUUUAACCUGGCCGGGAACAACUCAGGUCAUCGAGGAGACACGAAUAGAGAAUUUACAGAUGGCUUUAAGGAAUUAUAUUGAGGAAUGUAAAUUCCCUCCAGAGCCAGAUGCUGUUUGUCGAUAUCAGCAGUGCCAUGGCUACUCCAAAAUCCAAAUAUAUUUUACAGACCCAGACUUUAAGGGUUUUAUACGUGUUAUUUGCUGUCAGCAGUGCAGAGUGGAAUUCCACAUCAGCUGCUGGAAAAAGCUGAAAACAACAAGCUACAGUGAUAAAAUGAUAAGCAGCCAGGAUAAAAUGAAGGGAAAUCUGGGAACUCCUAAAAUUAUUGUGGAAGUUGACUUUUGGGAUUUCCUUAAGGAAAUGUGUUUUACUCCUGAUUGUAAAGGCCUUAUUUCAAAAAUAGUUAUAUUCAGUUCUUCUAGGCUGGUAAAAUGUGAAUUUGAACAAAAAAUCCCAAAACUCAAGGAACCACCAAGGGCCUGUAUAAAACAGAAAUGUUCAAGUCUUAGGAAGAUAAAAAAGAAGCAAGAAAAGAAACAGCGGCGAAAACGAGCGCGAGAAGAGGCCAGGAAUUCUGCCAGGAAAAAAGCUGAGGAAAAGCAGGAGGGAAACGAGCAGUGCCAGUUCAGCCAGUACAGGGAUUCUGGCCAGGAUUUAUACGCUGGGGACCAAAUCCUGCAGCACAUCCGGCGCAAUUCCGAGCAGAUCAAAGCUGCUGUCCCUGACCCUGCCCAAUUAUUAAAGGAAUUACUGGCCUGGGGAGUGAUCAGAGAGGAGGAUUUCGGCUCUUAUUGCCAAAUUAGCACUCCCCAGGAGGUGCUGGAGCAGCUCCUGAACUCCUUGAUCCAGGAGAAAAGCCGGGUGCAGAGCAGGGGCUUCCUGCACGUGCUGAGCCAGCUCGGAGAGGUGGAUCCCAAAGUGCACAAGUGGCUGCAGCACCUGGAUCACCUGGGUCUGACAGCUACAAAAAACUUUCUCCUUCAAUAUGGCCAAAUUCUGCAAGAGCUUGACCUUUCUAUUUUAGCCCCACGGUGGAACCAGAAAUAUGGCAGUAAAUUUGGUUUUGUGGCAGCUGAUGGUGAAAAGCAAGAAAUUUGUGAUUAUUUCCUCACCCCUCCCCUAGAGAAAUCCCGUUGUUUUAUAUGGCUUUUAGAAGAAAACAGAGAACAUUUCCCAGAGCUCCAUCAAGCUUUAGAUGAAUUCUUUGAUAAAAUGGAUGAUCCAACUAUUAUAUUAAAGAAGCAGGGAAAUGAGAAUUUAUCAAAUAAUGAAAUCAAAGUUAAAAACAAAAACAGGAAGAAGAAUUUGAAAGAUUCAAAGUCUAUUUUAGUAUUAUCCAGUGGAGUUAGUACAGCACCACGAGAAGACGAGAAGAUAUUUAUAGAAGAAAAUAAUUUGUACAAAGAUUUUCCAAAUGAAAAUCCCUUUGUAAUCCCAGAAUAUCUCCAGGAGCAACUGGAGGAAUUCGAAGCUCGCUAUAAUAUUGCAAAUAGUAAAGAUUAUCAAAUGAAUAAUAAUGAUAAUCCAGAUCCAAUCUCUGAGAAUUUAUAUGAUUAUUUCUCUCAAAUCUUGGAAGCACAUGGCCCUCUGGAAAUUAAUAAUAAAUUGCUGAUUGGGGAGUAUGAGAAUUUCCCUGAGGAGACUCGGAAGGUGGUGGAAGAUGAGGGCGGCCUGGAGCCCUUCCUGCGGAAAUCCCUUCGGUUCAUCAUGGUGGAUAAUCUGAUAGGCCUGAGGAAGCACUCGCGUCCUUUUGAAGGAAAUCCAAGCAGAAAUGGGCAUAAAAAUGAAAAUCCACCUGGGGAAUUCCAGGGGAAUCCUUCCCACAGCAAGCUGCCCUUGAAUCCCUACGCCCAGGAGUUCAAGCCUCUCUCAUACCCUGUGGAUGUCCCUUUGGCAGCAGCUCCUGAUUUACCAGAUUAUCACGCCCAACAAUAUUUCCCCUGCUCCUUCCCUGCUCCCUGCACUCCUGGCAAUCCUCUGGAAAAUGAAAAUAUUUAUUCCAUGGAAAACCAGGCUCCAUUUUCGGGUGUUUUACUGAAAGGUUUUGAGCCUGCGGGCCCGGCUGUGUUUUUACCUCAGAGCUCCUGGGGUUAUCAAUAUGGAAUCUUGCCCCUGGCACAGGCUGGGUUUAUUUACGCUGAUCCUGCAGCUCCUCAGGGAAAUCUGCGCUCAGCAGUUCCAGCUGGGAAAGGCAGCCCUGAGGCUUUUGUGCCAGCUGAAAUCCAGGAGUGCAAAGGCCCUUGGGGCCGCUUGGAGAACUUGGAUAAAAAGGAUUCUGCUUUUCCAAAUGGUUCAGAUGAAGCUGAGGGUGGUAAAUGUGUUGAAAAGGAAAAAGGAAAGAAAAAUAAAGCCGGGAUGAAGAGCAAUCCCCACACAAGGAUGGUGGCUGUGCAGGUAAAUCAGGAAGUUGCUAAUAGGGAAACCAAUACUUUGCCUUUCCAUCCAUUUGAAAAUCAACAAGGAGAUAUUCUCCGUGUGGAAAAGGAGCACCAGGUGCUGCAGGAACAACUCAGAGAAGCAGAGGAGAAAUUCAAGCAGUCACAGAGCAGGAGCUUGGAGGAGAUUGCUGCUUUGGAGGAGCUGCUGAAAAAAAGUAUUGAAGAGACUGAGGUGUCCCAGAAUGAGCUGGAUUGGUUCCACCAAGACUCAGAAGCACAAAUGAAGAAAUGGCAGCAGGAGAAGAAAGAAAACCGAGAGAAUUUAAAAGCACUGAAGGGCACAGCUAAAAAACACUCGGACACCAACGAGAGGUAUUUGAAGGCCAUUGAUGAGAAGCAAAAGCAAUAUAAUGCAAGUUUAAAUACAUUUCUGGAGACCAGUAAUAAAUUUGCUAAUGAGAAAGGCAAAUUGGAAGAGCUGAUAAAAAAGAGUCAAGAUGACAGCCAGGAGUGUGAGAAAAGAGCUGUUAAAGCAGAGGUCUCGGUGCUCCAGACCUGGAAGGAAACUGAAGCCUGGAAGCUCAGAGGGACCAUUGCCAAGGCAGAAGGAAAUGUCAGGGUGCUGAAGGCACUGGGCAGCAGCUCAGCUUCAGCAGCUCCUGUGUUGAAGUCCCAGAUUGAUUCCUGGGAAAUAUUUAUUUCAAAUGUCAAGAAACAACUGGAAGAAGUUGAGGCUGAGUAUGAAGAGAAGAUUGAGCUGGUGAAGAAAGGGGCCCGGAACUGCCUCAGGAAAGUGGAAAUUGUGGAUUUUCCUUGGCCCCAGGGGUUUGUUGCAAUGCCAGGCAGACCUCCCGUGUGUGACCCUGCCAUUGUCACCUAUUGCUCAGCACCUGCACAUCCCAGUGCCCUCCCUGCAUUUUCCAGCUCUGAUGGAAAAGCUGCAGCCCAGCCCGGAGCCAAGGCAGCACCUCCCGCCUCCGAGGCUUCUUCUGCACCUGGGAAAGCACAUCCCAAAGCUCCACAGGGAUCACAUUCCACUAAAAUCUCACCCUCCUGCCCAUCAGGCACUUCUGGAAGUAACUCCCAGCAUGUCCAGCCCAACCAGACCCACCAGGAUCCCUCAGCUCUGCAACUGAGGCCUUCUGGAAUUCCAACGAACAAAAAGCUUCCAAAAAAAAUUGAAAAUAUUUUAGCCCAGCUCCAGAGUAUAUUCCCAAACUGCAGCAGCUCAGACCUCAUGGCCUCCAUCAGGGAGGUGCAGAGGAGAAAUGGGACCAACCUGAGCCCCGAUGAAAUCCUCAGCAGGGCCACGGAGCUCAUCCUGAACCAGCAGCUCGAGGCAGCACCUCCAGCAGGCAAAGCCCUGCCCUGCCCGGGCUCUGCUCCCCCAGCCCGAGCCAGGGAAGCGCCCGUGGAUGGAAUCGGCCCCGCCUCUCCCCGGGCAGCACCCGCCCCUAAAACCUCCGGCAGUAAAAACCCCUCCCAGCCACACCUGCAGCCCUGGGGCAAUGCUGGAGCUACGCCCAAAGCCAGAUGGAGGAAGGACAGUGCUGCCUGCAGUGAGGAUCCCUGCGCCAUCUGCCACGACGAGCUGAGCAGAGACUGCUGUGAGCUCGAGUGUGGCCAUCACUUCCACAGAGAGUGCAUCCGGACGUGGCUCAAGCAGCAUUCCAGCACCUGCCCCAUCUGCCGUGGGCACGCUCUGCUGCCCGAGGACUUCCCUGAGCUUCCUGCCUGGAACAAGCCCAGCUGAGCCUGCCGCCCUCCUGCUUUUCCUCCCUCACUGCAGAAUUCAGGCUGUAAAGGAGCUGCAGCAGUGCUGGGGGACAGGACAGAACCCUGGGAUCACUGGCCAUGGGAACAGCUUUGGGAUUUCACUCCACGAUCCAGGAUUUCUCCUGGUUCCUGCCUGAAGCUGUGCAGGUCAGGGCUGGCAGCACACAACACUGGGGGAUUUUUGGCUAAGGGACACUGCAAGUACCAAAUUCUUUCACCAGUGCAUAAUUCCUGUGAAGAGGGGGCUUUUCCCUCAGAUUUAUUCCAAUAUCAGACAAGUAGGUGACCCAAAGGAUGGACCCAACAGAAUUGGAAAUCAAAACAUUCCCCUCCUCUGGCAUAAAUAAUCCAGGAUUCAAGCCUGGUGUGGUCUUUGCAGCUCCUCUCUCCUCACAAAUCCACAGCUGAGAAUUCAAAUGGUUUAAAUAAUGACUUUUAGUCACAUUUUGAAGCAAGAAUUUUAAAUUUUUCAUUUGGAUCAAUUUUUUUUUAUCUCAAAAUAAGGUUGAAAUUUGAAUUUCCCUCCUUGUUAAAGAGCUGAUCUGUUUAAAUGGGAAGGAUUUUUUAAAAGGAUUUUUAAGCCACACUGCCUCUGUAUUUUGUGCAGGAAUAGUCACCAGUAGCAGGAAGGGCAGAAUUCCAACAGCUCAGGGAAUUUCUUCCCACUGUUUUAUGAGUCUGAAGUGGCCAGGGAACUUUUAACACAGACAAAAAUUUGUCCCAAACAGCCAAAAGGUGAGGACCAGAGCCUGAGAAUCUUGAAAUUAAAACCCAAAUAUUCUGUUGUCUGAAUCCAGGCAGCAUCACAUGGAUUAGCAGCCCUUGGCUAAUUCCAGGGAUCACUUGUUCCCCACACUGCUUGACCUCCUCCAGCUGAAGUUUUGAACUCCUGUCUCAUUAAUCAGUGUAUUAAUUACCACUUGAAUAAAAAAUAAAAUUACUUCUG